CUACUUUAUUUUAUUUUAUUUUUUUUAAAAAAAAAAUAUUUAUAUGCUUCCCCUGACCCUCUUUUUAAGCUUGCCACUCCCGCUCCCGCCUGAGUGUCAAGACGUUCCCGCAAUUCCACCGACUGCAGAAUUUUUGUCUUAGGUUGUUUUUAGACAGCCUUGACAGCGGAACCUAGUCGAAAUCUCAUACUAACAAAAAUCAGCACACAUAAUUCAACUAGAAAGCCCCGGGAGCCAUGUAUAUUCCUGAUCACCAAGAACAACAACAGCAACAGCCGGAACAGACAAUGGCUACAGAAAUGGUGCAGGCAAUGCUGCGGGGUUUUAUAUACUCUGCCAUAGUUGCUGUGUUCAUUGCUGCUAUCGCCGCUAUUGGUUAUUGUAUGGUGCACUUAAACUCUAGGGACAGAAAUGGAGUCACCACAGCCCGCGGUCGGUACGGAGAUACAAGGUACAUAUACAGCAUGACGGCGCCGCCGAUCCCAUAUGUCAUGUCGGAAGCGGCAGCCCAGUCAGGAAGGGCCCACCACGACAUUCACACUCCCACCCACGGCACCUCGCAGUUCAGCAUGAAAGAGCUUUACGACAUUAUGCGCACCAACAUCUUCAGCUCGGAUGGUGAUGGUAGCAACGCAGGCGGCGACGAUGAAGUUGUCAAUCAGCGUUCCAGCCUGCUCGCAAAUGCCGACGCCGGGCAGCGGAACUCGUCGUCGUCGGACAGCUUUGGAACGACCCCCGGCAGAGAAAACGUCGCUGCUCCUCAAAGUGAUGCAGAUGGGCAGUAUGUUUCAUAGCCUGUGGGAUGAUGAUAUUUUUCGAGUACCCUGGCGAACCGGAUCUGGAGCAGCUGAUAUUGGCCUGUGUCGUAUCUCUGUCUCUCUUCCAAAGUGAAUAUACGAAAGGUGUCAGGCUGGUCAAUUAGGGGGGUAGAAGGGGAUUCGAAGGUCUCCUAUGCGUCAACGUCUCAAAACAGGAUGUGGUUUUCGAAUAUUUUGAUUAAAGUGGAACGGAGAAUGUCGCUCUGUUAUAGCUAUGUGGGAUCCAGCGGGCCACCGAAUAGUAUUAUUCUAGGAAGAAUGUAUCUGGGGGCCAAAGUGAAGCCAAAGAAGUA